UCCAUAUGACCAAGCCAGACUAAGGAACGAACGAAGAGCGUAUUCAUAAGUUAGGUUGUACGUUCUACACGUGAGAAACACGUUACUACUAUCAAAUAUGGGCAAGAAAAAAGGAAAGAAGCUUGUUGUCGACGAAGAGGAUGCUAGUGAUACGGAUAUCGAAGAUGUGGAUAUGGAAGCUGUGACAGACUCAGAUGAGGAAUAUACAGAAGCUGAGAGAAAGUUGUUAGAAAAAGUACGGAAGAAACGUACCCCUGAAAAUUUCGAUAGUGAUGAUGAAGUUUAUGGACUGCAAAAUGACGAUGAAGAUGAAGAAGAAGAGGAAGAAGAAGAGGAAGAAGAAGAAAAGGAAGAAGAGGAAGAUAAUCUGCAAGAUAUGGAGUCUGAUAUUGAAGAAUUACAAGAGAAUGAUGAUAUACCAAAUGACAGAGCCUGGGGCAAAGAAGGAAGAAAUUUCUAUUCUUCAGAUUACAAGUACACAGAUUAUUCGUCUGCAACUCAAAAAGAUUUUGCUAAUGCGGAGAUGGAAGAGCAGGAAGCCAAGAAGCUUCACAUAAGAUCAGCCGAUGACAUUUUCGACACUAUCGACGACAGAUUCAUGCAGAUUACACAAGAUAGCAAGGAUGACAAUCAGAAGGACAGUGAGCGAAAUUUGGAGUUCAGUAAAUCAGACAAGAAGCACCAACAGAUGCUCACAAAAAGGGAAUCCAAAGUAUUUGCAGCUCUGGUCGCGGAUUUUAAAGAACGCAUAACAGAGGUGAAGGAAAUCUUGGCACCCUUCCUCAAAUUGGUCGAAAAUGGCACGUUUCCUGAGUGCAACGCGGUGACUUACGUCAGAACUAAAUACGACCUUGUUUUGAAUUACUGCGUCAAUAUCGUCUUCUACCUGAUGCUGAAGGCCAAAGGAUUGCCAGCGCGAACGCAUCCGGUUAUUAAGCGUUUGGAACAGUAUCGCCAGUUACUCUGUCAAUUACAGUCAAGGGAAGGAAAUCUGCUAAGAGAAGUGGCAGAAACAAUGAAAGCAGUUAAUGAAGGCAAGCCCCUUUACAGCGUAUCACAUGAUCCUCGGAAAUCAUCCAAGAGGAAGACUUCGAGAUUUGAUAUCUUAAGUAGAAAAUUGACACAUCGAAUGGAGGAGACGGUGAUGCGAGACGAGCAAGAAUUAUUGUCUGAUAGUGCGAAUAGUGCGGAUAUGGAUAGUAUAGAAGAGUCUAUGGGCGAAGAUGAUUUCGACGCAAAGAGAAGAUACGAUGACAAAGAUAAAGGGGAUGAGGAGAAGAACAUUGUCGAUGAGGAGGAAAGAAAGAGAGCGAUAACGUACAAAAUAGCGAAGAACAAGGGUCUCACGCCUUAUCGUAAGAAGGAGUUGCGCAAUCCACGGGUGAAGCACAGAAACAAGUAUCGCAAAGCCAAGAUCCGUAGGAAGGGCGCGGUGAGAGAAGUGAGGAAAGAACUGACUCGUUAUGCGGGAGAGAUCUCGGGUAUCAAGGCGGGUGUGAAGAAGGGCAUUAAACUGAAAUAAGGAUCGUCGAGUCUUAACAGCGCAAUAGCAUUUACCUUAUAAUCAAUAAUUAUAUAUAUAUAU